AUGGCUGAUAACCACGGACCAAAUCAACCAAAUGGGGAGGGCUCGAUAAGCACAAGUGCACCAGCCAAAAGACCGCUCCGACGCGAUCUGGGACACGUGUCGAGUUGCUCAACCCGAAUCACACAAAAGAACUUUGAAAAUCAUUGGUCUAUCGAAAACUUUACAGCUCAACAGGGGCUUCUUAUGCCUGAAGAACACAUUAUGGCACCCAGCUUUGGUGACAACGAAUAUGAGUUCAGCAUGAAGCUGUUCCCAAACGGAAAAGAUUUAGAGCAUAAGGAUUAUGUGUCACUAUUUCUGCACGUCCAUAAAUGCCCCAACCCACGUCUUCGUUUCCAAGUCAGCUUCACCAUUAAUACUUCGCAAGGAACCAGAACUUGUACGCUCAAUAGAAACAUGGUGACUAUCAAUCGCACUGGAGUCAUCACGGCCAGCAAAUUUUUCAUGACGAAAACUAUCAAUGAUGCGCGCAACCUUUACACACCAAAUGACACGUUGACGUUGGGAUGUGAAAUAACCGUUUACGGCGAGAUUCUCACCAGGACCACUAGCGUGUUUGAUUCCUACGCAAGAAAGAAAAAGCGUUUGGAAAAGCUUGGCCUUUUAUCAGACACUGGUGAUGAUUCCUCUACCGGAAAACCUGAAGAAGCACCAAACGGAGACAGAUUCCCGAGUCUUCUGGAUUCUGGAGACUUCUCAGACUUCACUGUCGUCGCGUCUUGUGGCCGCGAGUUUCACACUCAUAUGUGCAUUCUUUCCUCUCGUUCCGAUUACUUCAAUGCGCUUCUACGCAACAAAACCACUAGGGAAUUUAUCGAAAAACGUGUAAAGUUUGAUGAUAUUUCUGCAACAACACUUGAAGUCGUUCUCCGUCAUAUCUACAACACCAGUAAUGAAGUAAAAAUUGAGGACGACCAACUUACAUCAGAUCUUGCUGCAGCUAUUGACAGACUUAUGGUACCUUCAAUGCUCACCCAAAUCAGGGAAAUACUCACUCAGAACUUAUCAGUCGACAAUGUCGUUACUCGUAUCACGAUGGCCGCUGAGCUCCGAAUGGAAGAUGAAUAUUAUUUCCUUCUUGAGUACUUUUCAACUAUCAAGAAGGAGGCAAUGGAAUCAACACUGUGGCUCGUGUUGAAAAAGGAAAAACCACAAAUGACUGUCAAAAUUCUUGAAGACGCCAUGAUGCUUGAUGAAUCAUCUCGUCAAGCUGUUCAACGAAAUGUUGAUCUAGUCAUCACUCUUGAAUGA